AUGUGCCAGGCAGAUGCAGAGAGCAUGAUGGACCAGUUGGUUCACUGGGUCCAUAUCGAUUCAUCUGGUCUUGUUCGUACUCGACUUCCUGGUGAUCCUCCUGUCAACAGCAUGGCAGUUCCCAUGAUGCUCCUGUGCCUGUUGGAUCAGCUGACAGAGGGUAGAACUGAGUGUGCGGAGAAGUACAAAGAGCUGAGUGACUGGUGUGUGAAACAGAUACUACUGCAUAUACAGAGAGAUGGCAAAACCAUUUUGGAAAAUGACACAUUGGAUGGAAAGGAACUACCUGGCUGUCAAGGGCGAGUGCAAAACCCUGGUCAUGCUUUGGAAGCUGGCUGGUUUUUGCUGAAGUAUGCACAUGCAAAAGGAGACGCGCAACUUCAGAAGACCAUGGUGGAAAAGUUCAUGGAGGUCCCGUUCCACACUGGAUGGGACAAAAAACAUGGUGGCCUUUUCUACAUUCUGGAUGUAGAUGGACAUUGUCCAACUCAGUUAGAAUGGAAUAUGAAAUUAUGGUGGCCUCACUGUGAAGCUCUGAUUGCAUACCUAAUGGCCUACAGUCACAGCAGAGAGCCCAUGCUAAUGGACCGAUUCAAGGAGAUCUAUGACUACACUUUCAGUCAUUUUUCUGAUAAGAAACAUGGCGAGUGGUUUGGAUAUUUGAGUCGUCAGGGAGAAGUUGUGUUGGACUUCAAGGGAGGUCCCUUCAAAGGAUUCUUCCAUGUUCCAAGGUGUCUUUACAUGUGUGAGCAGCUUCUGGAUGGUCUUCUUCAGGGACAGGUUUCUUGAACUUCACUGCUUAUUAAUAGUUUAAAGCUGUGAACUCCAUAGCCCAGCCUACUGCGUAACAGGACAUGUCACUGAAGUCCUUCCAUUUAAUUGGUCAGCUUGCAUAAAAUACAAUGAUUUUAGGAUUUAAAAUAUAAUAUUUUGUUUAAAAAUGUUCAUCAUUGACCAUUUCACCAAACUUCAUGUUAGUCAAGAUUACAGCUGCUCUGAAUGGAAUCUGAUGAAUACUUUCAUGAAAUUCAAACCCUGUCUGAAUAGCACAUUUCAUUUUCUACUGUUAUGAUUUGGAAUAGAUUUUCUUUAAAACUGCAAAUAUGGGUUAGUUUUUUUUUCUUCAUCUAAAUCAGUAUUGAUAUUUUUGUACUUUUUAGUGCGAUUAUUUUAAAAGCAAUUAAUCAACAUUGUGAAUUAAAAAGGGACCAUGCAUGUCUUUUUUAAAUAAGCAAUUAAUCUAGAAUGUGAAUAGUAAAGGGAAUAUGUAGUUUUAAGAUCAAUUGAACUACUAAUUUGGCCAUUAAACCUUUUGCCACCUGGCUUUCAAUUCAUUGAACCCUCUAUAAAGUUUCAAAUGGGUAAUCUUGAUUCAAACAUCAGUGCAGUAUAUGAUAAGCAAUAGUCUACAAAGCAAAAUGUUUUUACUUUAAACCACUGCUUUUGUCAACCACUGUGCAGCUCUUCUCUUUUCCGAGUGCCUCUUCAUUUUUAUAUCGCUAGCUAUGUUACUGUCUAAAACUUAUGUAAAGAUUAAAUGCACAUUCAAAACAACUCA